CUGUUUCUAGAAAGAGGGUAUAUAUGGAAAUCGCACAAUGAGAUAUUCAAUGCAUCUCGCAUUAUAAAUAGAACAAUAGAGUAAACCCCGUUACUUGCAUAACACACGUAAAGAUUAUUUUAGGGUUUCAUUAGGGUUUCAAAGCAGCAGCUGGAAACAUGGCACCCAAACCUUCCAAGGCUGAGAAGAAGAUCGCUUAUGAUAAGAAACUCUGCAAGUUUCUUGAUGAAUAUGGUCAGAUCUUAGUUGUUGCUGCAGACAAUGUUGGAUCGAACCAGUUACAAAACAUCAGGAAAGGUUUGCGUGGCGAUUCAGUUGUUUUGAUGGGAAAAAACACUAUGAUGAAGAGAACUGUUCGUCUUCAUGCUGAGAAAACUGGAAACAAUGAUUUCCUUAACCUCAUUCCUCUUCUUGUGGGUAACGUUGGGUUGAUCUUUACUAAAGGAGAUUUGAAGGAAGUUAGUGAAGAAGUCAGCAAAUAUAAGGUUGGAGCCCCUGCUCGCGUUGGACUUGUUGCUCCUAUCGAUGUUAUUGUACCACCAGGCAACACAGGAUUGGAUCCAUCACAAACAUCCUUUUUCCAGGUUCUCAACAUUCCAACCAAGAUUAACAAGGGAACCGUCGAAAUCACAAUCCCAGUUGAGCUUAUCAAGAAAGGUGACAAAGUGGGUUCUUCCGAAGCUGCUUUGCUAUCAAAGCUAGGCAUAAGGCCAUUUUCUUAUGGUCUCGUUGUACUCUCGGUGUAUGACAAUGGUUCAGUCUUUAACCCAGAGGUGCUUGACCUUACUGAUGACGAUCUAGUUGAGAAGUUUUAUGCCGGUGUAUCGAUGGUUACUUCACUCUCAUUGGCUCUCUCGUACCCUACCCUUGCUGCUGUACCUCACAUGUUUGUCAAUGGAUACAAGAAUGUUCUUUCUGUCGCUGUUGCCAGUGAAUACUCCUUCUCUUAUGCUGAUAAAGUGAAAGAAUACUUGAAGGAUCCAAGCAAGUUUGCGGUUUCAACUGCUCCUGUUUCUGCUGCUUCCGCUUCUGGUGGUGCACCAGCUGCUGCUUCAAAGGCAGAAGAGAAGAAGCCAGAGCCUGAAGAAGAAUCUGAUGAGGAUAUUGGAGGGUUGUUUGGCGAUGACGAUUUCUAAACUUUUCCUUGAUGAUUUUUCCUGCUUGCAUUUGCAUCUUAUUAUCUUUGAACUCAUCUUUAGUGUUUAUACACCUUGUUAGAACUAUCAGAACCCAUAAUCAGUCUUUUGUUGAUAUAUUGCCAUUUUAUUGGGUGCGGUUGUUUUUCACUCAUAUGGUAGGAGAAAUAAAAUCAUUUUGGAACUCAGAAAUCUGUGUGUGUGCUUUGUUCCACCUUUUCUUGUGUUCAAUGUGAGUAUUAUUCGAA